AUGACUACUGCUUUAUACCUUGAACACUAUUUAGAUAGUUUGGAACAUUUACCUGUUGAGCUCCAGAGAAAUUUUACACUAAUGAGGGAUCUAGAUACAAGAGCUCAAAAUUUAAUGAGGACAAUUGAUUCUCUUGCCGAUCAGUACCUGAGAAAUGUCAAUACCAUGUCAUUAGAAAAAAGAAAAGAACAAAUGGAAUGUAUUCAAAGUCAAUUUAAUAAAGCAAAAGAAUAUGGAGAUGACAAAGUACAAUUAGCCAUACAAACAUAUGAAUUAGUUGACAAACACAUUCGAAGACUGGAUUCCGAUUUAGCCAGAUUCGAAGCUGAAAUUCAGGAUAAAGCAUUAUCGAAAACUCAUACAGAUGAUUUAUCUUCUCAAAAAAAAGGUAGGAAAAAGACUAAAGAUGGUAAAGAAUCUGGGAAAAAAAGAGGGAAAGGAGCAUCUAGUGAAGAAGAAGCCAAAACGAGAAAGAAACAAAAGAAAAGUGGUGCUGGUAGCAGUAGUAGUAAAGGAAGUACAAAUGUUGCUCCAUUAGUCGAUGCUAGAAUCGCUUCAGUUUUACCAGGAAUUCCUCACCCAGCAGAUGUAUUAGACAUGCCAGUAGAUCCCAACGAGCCUACUUAUUGUUUAUGUCACCAGGUUUCCUACGGAGAAAUGAUCGGUUGCGACAAUGUAGAUUGCCCUAUUGAAUGGUUUCAUUUUGCUUGUGUUGGUUUAAUAACGAAACCUAAAGGAAAAUGGUUUUGUCCAAAAUGUACAGCCGAUAGGAAGAAA